AUGGUGGCAACCGCUGCCAAGCGCGAGCAGCGGCAGCGGCAGCCGCGCCAAGCGCCAAGGCGGUGGCCAAGCGCGAGCAGGAACCGCGGCAGCCGCGCGCAGGUAGUGGCAGCGGUCGCGCGUGGGCACAGGCAGCGCGACGGCAUGGCAACCGCGCACCGGCGGCGGCCGCGCGUGGGUAGGCCGUGCACAGGCGGCGGCCACGCGCGGGCAGGAACCGCCGCAGCGGCCGCUCGUGGGCAGAGGCAGCCCCCCGCGGCGGCAGCGGCCGCGCGCUGGCAACAGCCGCGGCCAGCCGUGCGCGCCGUCCGCAGCGGCCGUGCGCGAGCAGCGAGCAGCGGCAGCGUCACAACGGCCGCGCGCAAGCGGCGGCAGCGUCGCAACAGCCGCGCGCAAGCGGCGGCCACGCCGCACGUCGCAACGGCCACGCCGCACGUCGCAACGGCCGCGACGCAAGCGGCGGCCGCGACGCAAGCGGCGGCCGCGCCGCACGUUGCAACGGGCGCAGGCAGAUUAGGUUUUACCCUCGAGUCUAAUUUUGCCAAAUUACAGUUCUGCCCUUAG